CUGUGUCCGAGCUCGGACCGCGUGCAUGCGUUUCAGUUGCGUCCUUGAGGGGACAGUCCAGAGCGAAGCCUACAACCUGAUUUUCUUUCUUUUCAAUUAAAGGCAAGUAGUGAUUCUGAAAAUGACAGCCCAAAAAGAAGAGGCCAGAAGCAAAUGAAAAAAAGAAAUAAAUGGAAAAGAGAGGUCUCUGGUGAAGAUGAGGAUGAAGAUGGAGGAGAACAAGGCACUAGUGGAGAGAGUGAGCCUGAACCCAAGAAAGUUAAAGCAAGAAGACCUGCCCAAAGGAGAACGGUGGCCAAAACUAGUCUUAAAAAGCCUCACAAACCCCAGCGUGGGAAGAAGAGAAAGAGACCGGACUCAUCGGAAGAUGACGAUGAUGACGAAGAUGAUGAAACCCCCAAGAGACAAACUCGACGAAGAGCAGCUAAAAAUGUCAGUUACAAAGAAGAUGAUGAUUUUGAGACGGACUCUGAUGACCUGAUAGAGAUGACUGGGGAAGGAGCUGAUGAACAGCAAGACAACAGUGAAACUAUUGAGAAAGUCUUGGACAUCAGGCUUGGAAAAAAAGGAGCCACUGGCGCUUCCACCACAGUGUAUGCAACUGAAGCCAAUGGCAACCCAAGUGCUGACUUUGAUCCUGAAAAGGAGGAGGGAGAAGUUCAGUACCUGAUCAAAUGGAAAGGCUGGUCAUACAUCCAUAGCACAUGGGAGAGUGAAGAGUCCCUGCAGCAGCAGAAAGUGAAGGGCCUGAAAAAGCUAGAAAACUUCAAGAAAAAAGAGGAGGAGAUCAAUCAAUGGCUGGGAAAGGUAUCGCCUGAAGAUGUAGAAUAUUUCAACUGCCAACAAGAGCUAGCUUCAGAGCUGAACAAACAGUAUCAAAUAGUGGAGAGAGUAAUUGCAAACAGUCGCAAAACAUCCUCAAAUGACCCUGAAUACCUGUGUAAAUGGAUGGGGCUGCCCUAUGCUGAGUGCAGCUGGGAAGAUGAAGCUCUGAUAAGCAAGAAAUUUCAGCACUGCAUCGACAGCUUCAACAAUCGUAACAACUCCAAAACGAUUCCUACCCGGGACUGCAAGGUAUUGAAGCAGAGACCGAGGUUUGUUGCCUUGAAGAAGCAGCCUUCUUACAUUGGCAGUGAGAACCUGGAGCUGCGCGAUUACCAGCUGGAGGGCCUCAACUGGCUGGCUCACUCGUGGUGCAAGAACAAUAGCGUGAUCCUGGCUGAUGAAAUGGGCCUGGGCAAGACAAUUCAGACGAUAUCAUUCCUGUCAUACCUCUUCCACCAGCACCAGCUGUAUGGCCCUUUCCUGGUGGUGGUGCCCCUCUCGACCCUCACCUCGUGGCAGAGAGAGUUUGAAGUGUGGGCACCUGAGAUCAAUGUGGUGGUUUACAUCGGAGACCUCAUGAGCAGGAACAUGAUACGUGAAUAUGAGUGGAUCCACUCUCAGUCUAAAAGGUUGAAAUUCAACGCACUUAUCACAACAUACGAGAUCCUCCUCAAGGAUAAGGCUGUUUUGGGAAGUAUUAACUGGGCCUUUCUAGGCGUGGAUGAAGCCCAUCGGUUGAAAAAUGAUGACUCUCUGCUGUACAAAACGUUGAUUGAUUUCAAGUCCAACCACAGGCUGCUGAUCACCGGCACCCCGCUUCAAAAUUCACUCAAAGAGCUCUGGUCCCUCCUGCAUUUCAUCAUGCCAGAGAAGUUUGAGUUCUGGGAGGAUUUUGAAGAGGAUCACGGGAAAGGUAGAGAGAAUGGCUACCAGAGCCUUCACAAAGUUCUGGAGCCAUUUCUCCUACGUAGAGUGAAGAAGGAUGUGGAGAAAUCUUUGCCAGCCAAAGUGGAGCAGAUCCUCCGUGUGGAAAUGUCUGCUUUGCAGAAACAGUAUUACAAGUGGAUUUUGACAAGAAACUACAAAGCUCUUUCAAAGGGAACGAGGGGGAGCACAUCUGGUUUCCUGAACAUUGUGAUGGAAUUGAAAAAGUGUUGCAACCACUGCUACCUUAUCAAACCUCCCGAGGAAAAUGAGAGAGAGAAUGGCAUUGAGACCCUGCAGUCUCUGAUCAGGAGCAGUGGAAAGCUAAUUCUCUUGGACAAGCUGCUGACCAGGCUGCGGGAGAGAGGCAACAGAGUGCUGAUCUUCUCCCAGAUGGUGAGGAUGCUGGACAUCCUGGCAGAGUACCUGACUAUCAAACACUACCCUUUUCAGCGCUUGGACGGCUCAAUCAAAGGGGAGAUUCGAAAGCAGGCGCUGGACCACUUCAACGCUGACGGCUCUGAGGACUUCUGUUUCUUGUUGUCAACACGAGCUGGAGGGCUGGGAAUUAAUUUAGCCUCUGCUGAUACUGUUGUUAUCUUUGACUCGGACUGGAAUCCCCAAAAUGAUCUUCAGGCUCAGGCUCGGGCUCACCGCAUCGGACAAAAGAAGCAGGUGAAUAUUUACCGCCUGGUCACAAAGGGUACGGUAGAGGAAGAGAUCAUUGAGAGGGCCAAGAAGAAAAUGGUGCUGGAUCAUUUGGUGAUCCAGCGUAUGGACACCACUGGCCGGACUGUUCUGGACAACAACUCUGGGCGAUCCAACUCAAAUCCUUUCAACAAAGAGGAGCUGACAGCUAUUCUGAAGUUUGGAGCUGAAGAUCUCUUCAAGGAGCUUGAAGGGGAAGAGUCAGAGCCUCAGGAGAUGGACAUUGAUGAGAUUUUGCGUCUGGCUGAAACACGAGAGAAUGAAGUGUCCACCAGUGCCACUGACGAGCUCCUCUCCCAGUUCAAGGUGGCCAACUUUGCAACCAUGGAGGAGGAAGAGACAGAGCUGGAUGAGCGGUCCCAGAAGGACUGGGACGAUAUCAUUCCAGAGGAGCAGAGGAAGAAGGUGGAGGAGGAAGAAAGGCAGAAAGAAUUGGAGGAAAUCUACAUGCUGCCUCGAAUCCGGAGCUCGACUAAAAAGGCUCAGACAAAUGACAGUGAAUCAGAUGCAGAAACUAAGAGAAGGCUUCAGAGAUCGUCUGGAUCUGAAAGUGAGACUGACGAUACCGAUGACGAGAAGAGACCAAAGCGCAGGGGGCGUCCUCGGAGUGUUAGAAAAGAUACUGUGGAAGGAUUUACUGAUGCUGAAAUCAGGAGGUUUAUCAAGGCUUACAAGAAAUUUGGACUGCCUCUUGAACGGUUAGAGUGUAUUGCCCGGGAUGCUGAGCUGGUGGAUAAGUCUGUGGCUGAUCUGAAACGGUUAGGGGAGCUCAUCCACAAUAGCUGUGUGUCAGCAAUGCAAGAAUACGAGGAGCAGCUGAAAGAAAAUCCAGGUGAAGCAGGGAAAGGACCUGGAAAAAGAAGAGGUCCUACUAUCAAGAUUUCUGGUGUCCAAGUCAACGUGAAAUCCAUCAUCCAGCAUGAAGAAGAGUUUGAAAUGCUGCAUAAAUCCAUUCCUGCAGACCCAGAGGAAAGGAAGAAGUACCGUCUGACGUGCCGUGUCAAAGCUGCCCAUUUUGAUGUAGACUGGGGAGUGGAGGAAGAUUCUCGCUUGUUAGUGGGAAUUUACGAGCAUGGUUAUGGAAACUGGGAGCUAAUUAAAACUGAUCCGGAAUUGAAAUUAUCUGAUAAGAUCCUACCUGUUGAGACAGAUAAGAAACCUCAGGGAAAACAACUCCAGACCCGAGUUGAUUAUCUGCUGAAACUGCUGAAGAAAGAUCUGGACAAGAAAGAAAACAUGAAAGAUGGGGAAGAGGGCAAGCUAAAGAAGAGGAAACCACGAGUAAAGAAAGAGAACAAGGCUCCCAAAGUCAAAGACGAGCAUGGGAAUGAACUCUCCUCUCCUCGGCACUCAGACAACCAGUCAGAAGAAGGUGAAGUCAAGGAGGAUGGCUUGGAAAAGAGCCCAGUGAAAAAGAAACAGAAGAAGAAAGAGAACAAAGAGAACAAGGAAAAGCAGACCACGACUAAGAAAGAAAAGGAAAGUGAUAAAGAGAAAAAAAAGACAAAAGAAAAGAAAGAGAAGCCUAAAAGCAGUGAAGCCAAAUCUGGAAGUAAAGGGAAGAGAUCGCAAGGUCCCGUCCACAUUACAGCAGGAAGUGAACCGAUCCCCAUUGGAGAAGAUGAGGACGAUGAUCUGGACCAAGAAACAUUCAGCAUAUGCAAGGAAAGGAUGAGACCAGUGAAAAAAGCACUGAAGCAACUCGAUAAGCCUGAUAAGGGACUGACAGUUCAAGAACAGCUGGAGCACACACGUAACUGCCUCCUAAAAAUUGGGGACCGCAUCUCUGAGUGCCUUAAAGCCUACAGUGACCAGGAUCAUAUCAAGCUAUGGAGAAGGAACCUAUGGAUAUUUGUGUCAAAGUUCACAGAAUUUGAUGCCAGAAAACUGCACAAACUCUACAAGAUGGCUCAUAAGAAAAGAUCACAGGAAGAGGAGGAGCAGAAGAAGAAGGAGGACAUGUCCAGCAUGAAGAAGCCGUUCCGCCCAGAGCCUUCAGGCUCCAGCCACGAUUCGGUGAUGUCCCAGUCUCACGUGCCUCACAAUCCUCAUUCCCAGAAGAUCCACCUGCCUCCGUCUCACAUCCAGCAGCAGAUGCAUGGGCACCCACGUGACAACUACGGCCAUCCAAACAAGAGACAUUUCAGCAACACAGACCGAGGAGAAUGGCAGAGGGAUCGAAAGUUCAACUAUGGUGGCAACAGCAACCAGAUGUGGGGUGGGGAGCGGCAUCACCAGUAUGAGCAGCACUGGUACAAGGACCACCACUAUGGGGAUCGGCGAUCUCGUGGAGAGCCCCACCGGAGCUCUGGGAACUACAGACCAAAUAACCUCUCCCGCAAGAGGCCAUACGAACAGUACAACAGUGACCGAGACCACAGAGGCCACCGAGAUUAUUACGACAGGCACCACCAUGAUUCCAAGCGUCGACGAUCCGAUGAGUUCAGACCUCAGAACUACCACCAGCAGGAUUUCCGACGGAUGUCUGAUCACAGGCCACCCAUGGGAUACCAUGGCCAAGGACCUUCGGACCACUACCGGUCCUUCCACACAGACAAAAUGGGAGAUUACAAACAGCCUCUCCCUCCACCUCACCCUGGAGUGUCGGACCCUCGCUCUCCCCCCUCUCAGAAAUCCCCCCACGAUUCCAAGUCACCUCUUGAUCACAGGUCACCUCUGGAUAGGUCAUUAGAACAGAAAAACAAUCCAGAUUAUAACUGGAACAUUCGGAAAACAUAA